CCCACCCCCACCCAUGACAAUACCUAGAGGCACUAAAAAAAACAAGUGUACAAAAAUAAAUAGAUAAAUAAAUAAAGUAAAAUAAAAUAAAAUAAAAUAAAAUAAAAUAAAAUAAAAUAAAUAAUGAUAAUUUGUUAGAGGUUUAGGACAGUACACCCUAUCAUCUAGGGCACUGACAUGCAUAAAACAAGCACAGGAGUUAAGCGGAAGAGUUGAACACAAAGAUAAAUCAGGGGUCCUGCGAAUGUUUCGUUUGAAAUAUUCCUGGUCAAAUAUAUACACAGUUUUAAGGUGUUUUGUAAAUCCCUUUUUAAUUUUUGAACUAUCUAUUGAUGGAUUAAUAUUUAAUUUGUAAAUUAUUUUUAUAAUUUUUUGUAUUGCCCAAUAAAAUGUAAAAUAAUGACAUUGAUCCUCCAUAGUCUUCGAGUCUCAAAAUAAAUUAAUAUAAUAAACCCCCGCAAAAGUAUUAUGGUUAAUGAAAAAGAUUAAAGCGAAAGCGGAAGUAAGUAGUUGUGGGAGUGCACCAUCUCGCUGUCUCGUUCUUCCUCUUCGGCUGAACCCGAGGAGGAGUUUACGUCACAGUGGUCGGAUACACAUUCUCCUCAGGAAGGGCACAUUGAACAUUAAUUCAUCACUGUGAGCAGAGCUAUUCUAUUAUCCCAGCAAACAUGACAGGGGAGACCACCCGAGGGUUGAGGUUGUGUCUGCAUCACAUGGCUCUGCUCCGGAGAUGCCCACAUCCCGGCUCAUCACGCCACACAACCAGAUCCUUCAACUCACUCAGGGAAGGGAAGCGCAGAGGGCUGUUGUGGAAGACACUGUUUGGCAUCUCCGUCGGCGUUCCUUUGGCAGUGGGCGUCCAGUACGCUGUGUCCGAACCCAGAGACAGGAGGAAGAUGAAGAUCGUGAUUGAAGGAUUUGGUCGCCUCUUCAGAUCUCUCUCUGUGGGAAUCUUAAUCUCUGUGGAUUACUGGUGGACCACCAAUGUGGCUCUUCGUGGCCAAGAUGAGAGCAGCCCAUCCUACUUGGCCGAGAUGUCAGCCUGCCACCAGAGGGCGGCAGAGUGCAUGGUGGAGGGAGCGCUGAGCAACGGCGGAAUAUACAUCAAACUCGGCCAAGGUCUGUGUUCCUUCAACCACCUGCUGCCGCCCGAGUACAUCCGCACGCUGCAAAUACUGGAAGACAAGGCCUUGAACAGGAGGUACAAAGAGGUGGAUGCUCUCUUCCAAGAAGACUUCAACAAAACCCCAGAACAGCUUUUUAAAACGUUUGACUAUGAACCCAUAGCCGCCGCCAGCUUGGCCCAGGUUCACAAGGCCGAGCUGUUCGACGGGACUCCCGUCGCCGUCAAGGUGCAGUACAUUGACCUCAGGGAUCGGUUUGAUGGUGAUAUUAGAACACUGGAGAUCCUGCUGGAUGUUGUUAAAUUCAUGCACCCCAGCUUUGGGUUCCGAUGGGUUCUUAAGGACUUGAAGGGUACGUUGGCUCAAGAGCUGGAUUUUGUGAACGAGGGCAAGAAUUCCGAGCGGUGCGCAGAGGAGCUGAAACACUUCAGUUUUGUUGUUGUACCCAAAGUGUUCUGGGAGCAAACCAGUAAGAGAGUGUUGACGGCGGAGUUUUGCAACGGUUGCAAAAUCAACAAUGUGGAAGAAAUUAAAAGACAAGGAUUAAGUUUGAAAGAUACUGCAGAUAAACUGAUCCGAACGUUUGCUGAGCAGAUAUUCUACACUGGUUUCAUCCAUGCUGACCCUCAUCCUGGAAACGUUCUAGUGAGACGAGGUCCUGACAACAAGGCCCAGUUGGUACUUUUGGAUCACGGCUUGUACGAAUACCUCAGUCAACGUGACAGAGUGGCCCUUUGUAAACUGUGGAGGUCCAUAGUCCUGAGAAAUGAAGCAGCGAUGGAGAAGUACUCCAACGCACUUGGUGUCAAAGAGUACUUCCUCUUCUGCGAGAUGCUGCUGCAGCGACCCAUCAACAUGCGGGAGCUGGGCCUGUCCAACAUCCUGAGCAGAGAGGAGACGACCUACAUGCGCGAAAUGGCCAGCGACCGCUUCGACAGCAUCAUGAAGGUGCUGAAGUCGAUGCCUCGGCCCAUGCUGCUCGUGUUCCGCAACAUCAACACGGUCCGGAGCAUCAACAUCACCCUGGGAGCGCCGGUGGACCGCUACUUCGCCAUGGCCAAGAGUGCGGUGCGAGGCUGGGGGAAGAUCCAGGCAGAGAAGACCGGGAUGCUGCCCAGGCUCGGGGUCUUCCGCUGGGUGAGGACGACGUGGGAGGGCUUCAAGUUUGAACUGGCUCUAAGGUGGGAGAUGGCAGCGAUGAGUGUUACGCGUUCGUUCCUGAGCGUGCUGACGUACUUUGGUCUCAUAUCUCUGGACGCAGACCUGUACGAGUACCUGAGGUAGUGUCUCACUACGAAGGAACAGAGAAUCAGGACCUACUCCAAGCACAAGUUCAUACAACCCAACAAUCAUGGAGCCUUUCACUUCUGUGGCAGCUCUAAAAGCUGCUGGUAAUGGUGCUGCUCCGGUGUGUGCUCGGUUUUUUUUACACCAAAUCAGCCUGGACUCUGGUGUCAGACAGGACUUCUUUAGAAUGGGUGAGAAUGUACUGAACUGCAGGACUGUAACACACCAAACCCAUUCCAGUUUAGACCCCCUAGAGUUUUAGAAGGUUUUUUAUUAAAUUAUUAUCCUAUAUAUUUUUUGGGUAUUUACCCAUUUCAAUUUUUUUUAGUGUAAUUGUAGUACAGCAAAUUGUUUUGAAAUUCUAAUUUAAUUUUAAGAAACUGGUGACAUCUAUUCUGUAGCAGCUGCAGCAUCAAGGCAAAACACUGAGUCAAAUUGAGUGGAAUAAUGUAAUAACUGUACACAAGUUACACACGAUAAUGUUAAGCCGCAUCCCCACUGGAGUGAGAAUUUGUUUAAAAUAACGAGUUACAUUUUAAAUCUCGUCAAAGGGGUUUCAAGUGUAAUAAACUGCAGCUUUAAUGAGAGCAAUUAUAGAUUGAUGAUUAUGAUUAAAUGUUAAUCAGUCUGUGAUACAAGAAUUGAUAUUUGUGUUGGGUUAACCCUUCCUGAUCAGUGUUACUUGGAUGAAAGAGACAGGGUUGGUGUUUUGAUUCCUCCUGAGUUCAACAAUGAGUCCAAGAAUAGUUCAGUGUCACCUAACCAAAUGUUUUUUAAAUUAUUUUAACAAUGUUAAUAAAAUGUUCUACCUCCUUCUUUAAGGCA